AAUCGCCCAUUCAGCGAAAACACCGUUGAAGUGGCAAACGUUGGCGAUCAAACAGCAACCCUUAUAUUUACUUUCACUAUCAGUUCUCGUUGAACAGACUUAGUUUCACUUUCACUUUAUAUUAUGUGGGAAUCAUAAUAGCGAUUUACGAAACAAAAUACUGCACGUACUGAAGAAGAAGAUAGAUUCCAUAUUUCUUUGAUUGACGAAGCAUGAGAGAAAAACUUUGUGAUAACUAAUCAGGAAACGAGUUAUUGAUAAAGACAACCGGAAUCAUUUGACAUAAAAAUUUAAAAUGGGAAAUAAAAAUGCACACAGAAAUGAAGAAAAAGAAGAAAAUAUUUUCAAUACUUCGGAAGAAAAAAAAUUCAAAAUUUCUUUGAUAGGAGAACCAAUGGUAGGAAAAACAGGUUUGUUGCAAGUAUAUCGGACUGGAGAGUUAGGAGCAUGCAGUAGGAGAAUCUGGAUCGAUGUCGAAGAAUGUAGAAUUAAAGUACAGAACUUGAACAAAACAUUUCUUAUUUAUAACGUUGCUGGUUAUUUGAUGUUUCGAUUUCUUGUGCCCGAGUACGUUAAAGGGUCAGACGGUGUUCUUUUGCUGUAUAAUGUUGCAGAUGUGUUAUCAUUUGUGGAGCUCUCCAAAUGGAUUGAAAAUGUGAGAGAGCGGAAUCCACAUGUCAUUAUAUUUAUAAUUGGAGUUCAAUGUGAUCUCUUAAAUGAAAAAGAAGUAUCACGCGAGACUGGUAAAAAAUUUGCACGAAGUAAAAAUCUGGAGUUUUUUGAAUGCAACAUCAGGACUGGUGAAAAUGUUAACAAA